AUGGUCACCACAAGAGGAGCUGCGCAUCCGGAUCGUACGCCAACUCAGCAUCAACCUGGCCAACAAGAGACACAGUCCACCCAGCAAGCCACACAACAAGCUACCCAGCAGGCCACACAACAAGAUGAACCAGAACUCGAUGAGGUCGAGGUUGCCGAUGUUGUCUGCAUCCUACAUCCGUGCUCGCUUGCUGCCUAUCAGGUUGUCGUCAACACAGCACUGAGAGCUCCUCAGCACGUACUGCAAAAUGUGACCCCCAGCACCUACAGUGAUGGUCUGAGCAUGGCAGAUCUUGAGAAAGAGGAGACAUUUCCCGCCCCUGGAGAAGACCAGAGACACCCCCUAGACCUCGCCCUGCGCAUGUCUGCCAAGGUCUACAAUCCCGCCAUGGGGUUCGUCUUUGGUCGGAACCCCAACGCUUGCGACGUUGUCAUCGACACUGACACGGUCAAAAGAGUCAGUAACAUGCAUUUUAGGAUUUACAUGACUGACGCCGGCGUCUGCAUGCUUCACGACAUGUCCACCAAUGGUACAAUAGUCGAUGGCAAGCUUCUGAGAGGUAGAGGUAGUAACAAUGCCGCUACCAUGAUGCUUACCGCAGGCUCUGUCAUUCAGAUUCUGUCGACCAAAAGAGACGAGAGUUUGAAGUUCAUUUUCCGCAUUCCUUCGCGAGACAACCACUACGAAGAGUACGGUAAAAGGUUUGCCGCCUACCUGCAUCGUGUCAACCUUGAGAAAGAAAAACAAGCACAGAACGGCCAGACUCAGGGAGCGCGACCUGGUGCGAGACCACAAUCUAAGAUUCCACCCAGCGUGAAGCCUAUACUGUUGCAAGGCAACCCUUUCGGUAUGCAUUGGAGCGGUGGUGAUAAGUACAACGUCACCGGCCAUCUCGGAAAGGGCGCUUUCGCUACCGUAUACCGGCUCAACAGCAAAAGUAACGGCCAGAUGUUUGCAGCAAAAGAGCUGGAGAAAAGGAGAUUCAUGAAGAAUGGUGUCAUCGACAAAAAGCUCGACAACGAAUUGCGCAUCAUGAAGGGCAUCAGCCAUCCACAUGUUGUGCAAUAUAUCGACUGCCACGACGUCAAGAACCAUCUAUACAUCAUCAUGGAAUUGGUUCCUUUCGGCGAUCUACAGCAGUGGCUUGGAACGAACGGCCCUCUCCCCGAAGCUCUUGCCAAACCGAUGGCCAUCCAAGUCUUCGAUGCGCUGGCAUAUUUGCAUCGCAACAUGAUUACGCAUCGAGACAUAAAGCCUGACAACAUCCUCAUCGCCGACACCAACCCACAAUCNUUUUCAGUCAAACUCUCUGACUUUGGACUCUCAAAGGUCAUCUCCGAUAAUGAGACCUUUCUCAAGACUUUCUGUGGCACAUUACUUUAUUGUGCUCCCGAAGUCUUCCCUCACUACGACGCCCAUUUCAAUGUAAAGGGUCGCAAGCGCGAUCGCAAAGGUGCUUCGCAGCAACGAGGGAAAUACCAUUCUUACAGCUCAUCUGUCGACAUAUGGUCGUUCGGUGGAGUGCUAUGGUAUGCCAUGAGUUCGAAACCACCCUUCGAAGGCAUUGCAGACAACACUGGCAAAGCCAUGUUCGAACGUAUUGUCAGUACCAGCCUAGACACCACCGUCCUCGAAAAGCACCACAUUUCCGAUGACGCCAUAGAUUUGUUAGAAGACAUGCUCAACACCGACCCCGCCGUUAGACCUUCUGCAUUACAAUGCCUGUCAUAUCCUUGGCUAGGCGGAGAAGCGAGUCAGAUCGAGGAGGAGCCUCCAUCAGGCCUUUUGACGAUCGAAGAAGAGGACACAGAGGCAGGUCCAGCACAUGACUUGUCUCAGCUGAGCAUCCAUGGGAAUUGGAGCACGACCAAAGGUGUUGGUGUUGAUUCUGGCGACUCGGACAUUCUGGACCCCCGACAGUCAAAACGCUUCAAGAGUGGGCAGAUGAUCUCUCAAGUACCUGCGCCGUCGCAACAGCCAAUCCAUCUCUUGCGCCCAACGAACGCUGCUGAGGAUCCUGGCAUCCGGGAACUUGCGGUGAACUCACAACCUCCACGUCUCUUCGGCGAGGUCCAGCCUUCAUUGGUNAAAAGUUCAGGUGUGUUCGGCACUCAGCUUCAGAAACCUAUGUUCGCGUCACCCCCAGGAUACUCGAGCAUGGACCCGUCGAAGGUUCCAAACGUGCAGAAUGAGUUGUUCACGUCUGCCGCCAGUCACCAACCAGAAGACCAACUAGAAGGUGUUAGGAGGAGAGCCCCAUCUGAGAGCGAUUUACAUGCCUCUCACGAUUUCGCGAGUCUUGUGGGGGCAGAAUCAGACAUGCGGGACCUUAACAUGGAUUCUUCGCAAUCAGCAUUCUCGGCGACUGCUGAUGAGAGCGAGCCAACCACACCAACCACACCAAAUGAUCCACCCCAGGCCUCUGUAGGCCAGACUGGUGGGAGUAUGGAAGAAACGCCUCGUGCAGCUCAACCGAUUGAAAGAAAGAUCUCUUUCAAUCGACAAAUCAGUCUUCCACUUUCUGCAUCGUCCUUCUACGACCCUGCCGACCCUAGCACGCAUUCUCUCGAAUAUGCCUCCUCCGUUAGCGGCCACGACUUUACUAGUCACAAUCUUCUGCCUGGAGCAAGCUUUCAUUCACUACCACCAACGACUGCCAAUUCCGGAGUCGACUUUGAAUUCGACCGACCGUUGCAUACUGUUGCACAAACACAGCCCGAGUUCAUUCGACCCGCACCUCGUCUGGGUCGUCUGACAACAACCUCCGACUCUUUCUGUGCUGUGACACUCGACCUCGCCUCUCGCAUCACGACAUGGGGCAGAAGUCCUUUGAACACCGUGGUCUUUCCAGAUCCGCUAGACACUCGUGUGCCUAAACGCGGCAUCAUGAUAUACUUCCAUGCCAAAGGCAUCGACCGAUUGGAGCAAACUGGCGGCGAUUGGACAAAACUGCCUGACCUGCACUGCUUGAUUGCCACAGACAGCAGUAACGGCAUCUUCAUCAACGACGUCAAGCUCAGCGCAAAAGACGCAAAAGGCAAGCAGCUCUACGGAAGAGUCUACACUGGCGACCAGGUUACCGUCUGCCAAGGACACACCAAAGCAAACUUGCUGAAGUUUACUUGUGUGUUCAACCAUGGCCAGGCGAAGCAGCAGCGCCCGCGCGAUGGACCAGGAUUUGAGAUUGAGAAGAUGGGACACGAUUAA